CCCCCCAUCCCCACCCCAUCAUUUCCCCCCCCUCUUCCCCCCAUCCCCACUCCCCCCCUCCACCCCCCAUCCCCACCCCACCACUCCCCACCCCCUCCGCCCCCCAUCCCCACCCCAUCAUUUCCCCCCCAUCAGCCCCCCAUCCCCCCCCCAUCAUUUCCUCCCCCUCCGCCCCCCAACCCCACCCCAUCAUUUCCUCCCCCUCCGCCCCCCAUCCCCCCACUCCCCCCCUCCGCCCCCCAUCCCCACCCAUCAUUUCCUCCCCCUCCGCCCCCCAUCCCCCCACUCCCCCCCUCUGCCCCCCACCCCCCUCCGCCCCCCAUCCCCACCCCAUCAUUUCCUCCCCCUCCGCCCCCCUCCCCACCCCCUCCGCCCCCCAUCCCCUCUCCACCCCCCUUCCGCCCCCCAUCCCCACCCCAUCAUUUCCCCCCCAUCAGCCCCCCAUCCCCCCACUCCCCCCCUCCACCCCCCCCCCCUCCGCCCCCCAUCCCCACCCCAUCAUUUCCUCCCCCUCCGCCCCCCAUCCCCAUCCCACCCCCCUCCGCCCCCCAUCCCCACCCCAUCAUUUCCCCCCCCUCUUCCCCUCAUCCCCACUCCCCCCCUCCGCCCCCCAUCCCCGCCCCACCACUACCCACCCCCCCUCCGCCCCCCAUCCCCACCCCAUCAUUUCCUCCCCCUCCUCCCCCCAUCCCCACUCCCCCCCUCCUCCCCCCAUCCCCCCAUCCCCCCCUCUUCCCCCCAUCCCCACUCCCCCCCUCCGCCCCCCAUCCCCACCCCCUCAUUUCCUCCCCCUCCGCCCCCCAUCCCCACUCCCCCCCUCCGCCCCCCAUCCCCCCAUCCCCCUCUCCACCCCCCAUCCCCACUCCCCCCCUCUGCCCCCCAUCCCCACCCCAUCCCCCUCCGCCCCCCAUCCCCACUCCCCCCCUCCGUCCCCCAUCCCCACCCCAUCAUUUCCUCCCCAUCAGCCCCCCAUCCCCCCACUCCCCCCCUCUGCCCCCCACCCCCUCCGCCCCCCAUCCCCACCCCACCCCCCUCCGCCCCCCAUCCCCACUCCCCCCUCCGCCCCCCAUCCCCACCCCAUCAUUUCCCCCCCAUCAGCCCCCCAUCCCCACUCCCCCCCUCCGCCCCCCAUCCCCACCCCCUCAUUUCCCCCCCCUCCGCCCCCCAUCCCCACCCCAUCACCCCCCCCCAGACGCCGACGAGGACGGCUGGACGACCACAACCACAGAGGGCGCAUCGCUGGACGACGCCGCCACCACCGCCGAUGAUGAUGCCGACGCCGAGGAAGCCGAGGCCGAAGCCGUCCCCUCCGGGAGACCCCGCGGCGCCGCGUCGGCCCGGAGGGGGGUGGGCACCCCCUGCGCCCAAUGCGGGCAGAGCUUCCGCCGCCCCGCCGCCCUCCGCCGCCACCGCCGCCUCCACCGCCGCCUGCGGCCGUCGCCAUGCGCCCGCUGCGGCCGCGUGCUCAUGUGCCGCUGGGCUCUGCGGGACCACCAGCGCAGGCACUGCCGCCCCCCCCGGCCCCCCCGGCAGCGCCGCCGCUUCCCCUGCGCCGACUGCGGCAAACAGCUCUCCUCCAACGCCGCCCUCGUCGCCCACCGCCGCAUCCACACCGGCGAGCGGCCCUACGGCUGCCCCGACUGCGGCAAGCGCUUCAUGGCCGCCAAGUCGCUGGGCAAGCACCGCAAGAGCCACUCGCAACGCGGCCUCUUCGCCUGCCCCGACUGCGGCAAGAAGCUGACGUCCAAAGCCACCCUGCUCAGCCACCGCCGCAUCCACAGCGGGGAGAGGCCCUACGGCUGCCCCGACUGCGGCAAGCGCUUCAUGGCCAACAAGUCGCUCAGCAAGCACCGCAAGAGCCACGCGGUCGCCGCUGGGGUUGCAAUACCAGGCAGGGCUGCAAAUGCGACCCAUGCAGGGCAGCUCUGCAACCAUGCACCGGAGCGGAGUGCUCAGUGCAGGCAGAGCUCAGCCUGCAGCGCAGCGCCUGCAGAGCACCCCGAGGAUGCAAUGCCCCAUCGCUGCUUGCAAUGUGGAGAUGCACUCCACCUGCAUUCGGCGCUGCUGCAGCACCGCAAGAGCCACGCAGUCGCCGCUGGGGUUGCAAUACCAGGCAGGGCUGCAAAUGCGACCCAUGCAGGGCAGCUCUGCAACCAUGCACCGGAGCGGAGUGCUCAGUGCAGGCAGAGCUCAGCCUGCAGCGCAGCGCCUGCAGAGCACCCCGAGGAUGCAAUGCCCCAUCGCUGCUUGCAAUGCGGAGAUGCACUCCACCUGCAUUCGGCGCUGCUGCAGCACCGCAAGAGCCAUGCAGUCGCCACUGCGCUUGCAAUACCAGGCAGGGCUGCAAAUGCAGCCCAUGCAGAGCAGAUCUGUGGCCGCAUGCCGGAGCAGAGUGCUCAAUGCAGGCAGAGCUCAGCCUGCAGUUCAGUGCCUUCACAACACCCCGAGGAUGCAAUGCCCCAUCGCUGUUUGCAAUGUGGAGAUGCAUUCCGGCUGUGUUCAGUGCAGCUGCAGCACCACAAGAGCCACGCAGUCACAGCUGCAGUUGCAAUACCAGGCAGGGCUGCAAAUGCGACCCAUGCAGAGCAGCUCUGCAACCAUGCACCGGAGCUGAGUGCUCAAUGCAGGCAGAGCUCAGCCUGCAGUGCAGCGCCCGCACAGCACCCCGAGGAUGCAAUGCCCCAUCGCUGCUUGCAAUGCGGAGCCGCAUUCCGGCUGCAUUCGGUGCUGCUGCAGCACCAGAAGAGCCACACAAUCGCAGCUGGGGUUGCAAUACCAGGCAGGGCUGCAAAUGCGACCCAUGCAGGGCAGCUCUGCAACCAUGCACCGGAGCUGAAUGGAGGAUGUAAGCAGAGCUCAGCCUGCAGCACAGCGCCUGCAGAGCACCCCGAGGAUGCAAUGCCCCAUAGCUGUUUGCAAUGUGGAGAUGCAUUCCAGCUGCAUUCGGCGCUGCUGCAGCACCAGAAGAGCCAUGCAAUAGAGGGAAGCAAUGCCAGCAGCGCUGCAAAUGCAGCCCAUGCAGAGCACCUCUGCAACCACACACCAGAGCUGAAUGGUGGAUAUAAGCAGAGCUCAGCCUGCAGCGUAGCACCUGCAGAGCACCCCGAGGAUGCAAUGCCCCAUCGCUGCUUGCAAUGCGGAGAUGCAUUCCGGCUGCAUUCAGCGCUGCUGCAGCACCAGAAGAGCCAUGCAAUAGAGGGAAGCAAUGCCAGCAGUGCUGCAAAUGCAGCCCAUGCAGAGCACCUCUGCAACCACACACCAGAGCUGAAUGGUGGAUAUAAGCAGAGCUCAGCCUGCAGCGUAGCACCUGCAGAGCACCCCAAGGAUGCAAUGCCCCACCGCUGCUUGCAAUGCGGAGCCGCAUUCCGGCUGCAUUCAGCGCUGCUGCAGCACCAGAAGAGCCAUGCAAUAGAGGGAAGCAAUGCCAGCAGUGCUGCAAAUGCAGCCCAUGCAGAGCACCUCUGCAACCACACACCAGAGCUGAAUGGUGGAUAUAAGCAGAGCUCAGCCUGCAGCGUAGCACCUGCAGAGCACCCCGAGGAUGCAAUGCCCCAUCGCUGCUUGCAAUGCGGAGAUGCAUUCCGGCUGCAUUCAGCGCUGCUGCAGCACCAGAAGAGCCAUGCAAUAGAAGGAAGCAAUGCCAGCAGUGCUGCAAAUGCAGCCCAUGCAGAGCAGCUCUGCAACCAUGCACCGGAGCUGAGUGCUCAAUGCAGGCAGAGCUCAGCCUGCAGCGCAGCGCCCGCACAGCACCCCGAGGAUGCAAUGCCCCAUCGCUGCUUGCAAUGCGGAGCCGCAUUCCGGCUGCAUUCGGUGCUGCUGCAGCACCAGAAGAGCCACACAAUCGCAGCUGGGGUUGCAAUACCAGGCAGGGCUGCAAAUGCGACCCAUACGGAGCAGCUCUGCAACCAUGCACCGGAGCUGAAUGGAGGAUGUAAGCAGAGCUCAGCCUGCAGCUCAGUGCCUUCACAACACCCCGAGGAUGCAAUGCCCCAUCGCUGCUUGCAAUGCGGAGCCGCAUUCCGGCUGCAUUCAGCACUGCUGCAGCACCAGAAGAGCCACGCGGGGCCGCGGCCUCACGCAUGCACCGACUGCGGGAAGGCGUUCCGGGAGGCCACGACGCUGCGCCGCCACCGCCGCAUCCACACCGGGGAGAAGCCGUACGGCUGCCCGUACUGCGGGAAGAGCUUCCGCGCCAGCUCCACCCUCAUCAUCCACCAACGCAUCCACACCGGGGAGAAGCCGUACCCCUGCGGCAGCUGCGCCAAGAGCUUCGUCUCCAGCUCGUCGCUCAUGAAGCACCGCCGCACGCAUCAGCGCCAGGCGCCGUGAUGGGGACACGGACCCCAUCCCGCUGCUUGGGGGUCUGCCGUGGUCCCGUUGGGGUG